CUGUCACUAAGGAUAAUGUAUGUGCCGCUGCAACAGGAAGAGAUGCUGCCAGGGUGACUCCGGAGGUCCUUUGGUCGAUAUUAAAAGUGGCCAACUCAUUGGGAUUGUUUCUUGGGGCUAUGGCUGCGCCGAUUCCAACUAUCCGGGAAUCUAUGCUGAUGUGGCCUUCUUCAAGGACUGGAUCGUUAAAGUGGUCUCCAGUUUCUAAGUCCCUCUCUCUGUUCAUUUAGAAGUAUUCAAAUAAUUCAAUAUACCUAUAAAAUUAUAGGGUUUGUAAUAUUUUAAUACAAUAAAUGUUAUAAGGUUUGACACUUUUAA